AUGUCAUCACCGGCCAUCAAGAACGAAGAGGAGCCGUUGGUUAAAAACCAGAAGAAGACGCUACAUAUUCUUUCACUUCCUGAUGAUUUGAUAUUGAGCUGCUUAGCUCGUGUCUCGAGAUUGCACUAUCCAACUCUCUCCUUAGUUUCCAAGAGCUUCCGAUCUCUUCUCGCUUCACCUGAGCUUUACAAGACUCGGUCACUCUUAGGUCGUACUGAGAGUUGUCUCUAUGUCUGUUUACGUUUUCCUCCUGAACCUAAUAAACGUUGGUUCACUCUCUCCAUAAACCCUAAUCAAACCGUAGACAACAAGAAAACAAGUUGCACGCUUUUGAUCCCAAUCCCAACUGAUCCAUAUUCUCACCCUGCGCACUUUUCUAGUCUCGUAGCCGUUGGUUGUAAUAUCUACAACUUUGGCGGAUCCCACGUUGACGGGCCUUCGUCUAGGGUCUCAAUCCUAGACUGCAAGUCUCACACGUGGCGCGAGGGUCCAACCAUGCAGGUGGACCGGACUAACUUAUCUCCCAAUGUUCUUGAUGGGAAGAUAUAUGUAGGAGGUCUCAAAGGCUCCAAGUCCGCCUUUUCUAUGGGAGUUUUUGAUUUAAAAACUGAAACUUGGGAUCCUACGGUGUUUGGCCUGUUGCCUUCCCCUUCCAUAAAGGAAAUAUUUGUAUACAAGAGCAUGGUGAUGGAAGGAGGAGUCUACAUGAUCGGGGAUAAGGAGGCUGUGGUCUACAAGCCAAAAGAAGGUAAAUGGGAAUCAGUUCAUUAUCUGGAGGAUUUUGACCGAUGGCUAGGGACUUCUCAUUGCGUUAUAGGUAACGUGCUAUAUUGGUACCAUUAUCAUAAUACAUUUAAAUGGUAUGAUUCCAAGAUAGGAAAGUGGAUGGAGUUGAAGGGUUUGGAAGGUCUGCUCAAAUUUUCCGGUGUUGUUAAAUUGGUGGAUUAUGGUGGAAAGAUGGCGGUAUUGUGGGACGAGUAUAAUGGCCGCAAGAAUAAGGUGAUUCGGUGUGCGGUGAUUGAACUUGAAAGGCGCAACAGUGAAGAGAUUUGGGGGAAGGUCGAAUGGCUUGAUGAUUUGCUUACUGUCCCUGUGUAUUACGAUUUCUUGUGUGCUCUUUCUGCUACUGUUUGA